GUCCCCGCCCGGGCGAGGACACCGGCCCCGGCUGAGCCACCGGCAGCAGCGGGAGCUGCCUUGGCCGCGGGGAUGAAGCUCUCCUGGCUGGGCGUGGAUGUCUCCCGGGUGCUGCACUUGGUCGCCGUCUUCUGCCUGACCUGCGUGCUGCUGAAGGCCAUCCAGCUGUACCACCGGCGGCGGGAGCUGCUGCGGGCGCUGGCCGCCUUCCCCGGCCACCCCACACACUGGCUCUUCGGACACGUCCACGAGUUUCUCAAGGAGGAAGAGGUGUUGGACAAGGUGGAGAUCUGGGCACAGAAGUACAAAACUGCUCACCCUCUCUGGUUCGGGAGUUUCUCAGCAUUCCUGGUUAUCACUGAUCCUGACUAUGCCAAGACUGUGCUGGCCAGAGGAGAUCCCAAGGAUAACAUCAGCUAUAAACACCUUGUCCCGUGGAUUGGGAAUGGGCUGCUGAUCUUACAUGGGCCAAAAUGGCACCAACAUCGAAAACUCCUGACCCCGGGGUUCCACUACGAUGUCUUGAAACCGUACAUGGUCCUGAUGGCAGAGUCUACUAACGUGAUGCUGGAUAAAUGGGAAAAGCUUAGCACAGAUGGGAAACCAGUGGAGCUCUUUGAGCAUGUCAGCUUGAUGACUCUUGAUAGCAUCAUGAAAUGUGCCUUCAGUUGUCACAGCAACUGCCAGACCGACAGGAACAACACCUACAUCCAGGCUGUCUACGACCUAUGCCACAUGGUGCACCAGCGCCUCCGCAUCUUCCCCUACCACAACGACAUCAUUUACUGGCUCAGCCCACAUGGAUUUCGGUUCAGGAAGGUCUGCCAGCUUGCUCACGACCACACAGACAAGGUGAUCCGUGAGCGAAAGGAAUCCCUUAAAGAUGAACGGGAAUUUGAAAAGAUCCAGAAGAAGAGACAUUUGGACUUCUUGGACAUUUUGCUGUGUGCCAAAGAUGAGAAUGGAGCUGGACUGUCUGAUGAGGACCUGCGUGCUGAGGUGGACACGUUCAUGUUUGAGGGCCAUGAUACAACAGCCAGUGGGAUCUCCUGGCUCUUCUACUGCCUGGCAUUACACCCUGAGCACCAGCAACAGUGCCGGGAGGAGAUCCAGGGAAUCCUGGGGGACCGGGAGACACUUCAGUGGGAGGACCUGGGCAAGAUGACUUACAGCUCCAUGUGCAUCAAAGAGAGCCUUCGCCUUUACCCACCAGUGCCCGGCGUGUCCCGGCAGCUGAGCAAACCCAUCACCUUCCCUGAUGGACGCACUUUGCCAGAAGGCACCAUUGCUGCAAUAAGCAUUUAUCUCAUUCAUAGAAACCCUGCAGUAUGGAAAGACCCUUUGGUGUUUGACCCGUUUCGGUUUUCCCCGGAGAACAUCUCUGGCAGACACUCUCACGCCUUUUUGCCUUUUUCUGCUGGAACUAGGAACUGCAUUGGGCAGCAGUUUGCCAUGAAUGAGAUGAAGGUGGCACUGGCCCUGACCCUGCUGCGCUUCGAGCUGUCACCCGACCCUGCCAGGCCUCCCUACAAAAUACCUCAGGUCAUCCUGCGCUCCAAGAACGGGAUCCACCUGUAUCUAAAGAAAAUCCGCUGAUGCCGGGAAGUGUCCUGCCUUCGCCAGAGGGAGGGACCAAGCUGAUGAUGGGACAAUGUUUCUCUGGGCUGAAAGAUGCAGGGCAGGAUUUGGGGAUGAGGAUUCCUGAUUUCUGUGCUUCUUCCACCAGCUGAAGGCCCUUUUUGGCCUGGGACCAGGGAGCACGGCACAAACCCGUCGCCAUCUGCUCCACGAGCGCUGAGCUCCGAACAGCUGGGCACAGCUGGGCCUCUUCCCUGGCUGUCCCCGUGCCCUGCCUCAAGGGCUGGCCUGGCCUGGGAACCUCUGUAGGUCCCACCAGCUUCCUCCUUACCAAAUCCUGCCUUCACACUCAUAUCCUGGCCAAAUCCAUGACCAUUCCAAGCUCUGCUCCAUAGUCAGCACCUUCCUCAGUGCCUAGAGGUCAGCCCUCUCUCCUACAGGAGGGAGAGCCCAUGGCAGACCUCUGUCUCUCUUCUCACACUCAAUGUGUCUCUGUUUUUUUGAAAGCACUAAUUCCAGUUUGGACUCUGAAAUUCUGCCUAAGCUGCAAAAUAUUCUGUAAUUUUUAUGUUAAUAAACCAAUAAUUAUUCCUGUAACAGCA